AUCUGAAGAGGAUCAUGUUGGUAAAAAUUUUAUGCCACGUGGCAUGGACCUCAAAAUUCAGCCAGCCCACAAACCCAAACCCAAACCCAAAUGCGUGAGUUCAAAUCCUGCCAAACCACCAGAAGCUCAAAACUCAAAGGCGCGCAAAAAGAAGGGGAACAAAUCAUCGGCUAAUCACGUAAUCAAUGAGGAACAACACUUUGUGGACGCUCCUUGCUCGGAGAGCAUCGACAACCACCACACUCCGAAACCCAACUUCAAGUCGGCGGUUCUUUUGCUCGCCACCGUCUUCCUCCUCCUCUCCACCCCAAAACAACAAGCUUUUCGUUGGAGGAUUGUCAUGGUCGGUGGAUGAGAAGUCCUUAAAAGACGCUUUCUCAUCCUUCGGGGAGGUCACUGACGUGAAGAUAGUGUAUGACAGAGAUUCCGGCAGGUCGAGAGGGUUCGGAUUUGUUAAUUUCUCCAAGGAAGAUGAAGCCCAGGUUGCAAAAGAUGCCAUGGAUGGAAAGGCAUUGUUGGGUCGGCCAUUGAGGGUUACUUCUGCUGUUGAAAAAAUUCGGGGCGGACCUGUUGUGGUUCCUCGCCUUCCUACAUGAACUCCUGUGGUACAGUGGUGAAUGGCCGAGUGACAUGCAAAAUGCAAGUUGAAUGAAAUUUUUACGAAGUUCUCGAAGCUUGUCAAAGCUCAGUUCUUACGUAGUUGUGUUAAUCCAUGCGAAAAAUAUAUUCCAAUAAGAAUAUAGAUAUAUCUCCGUUCAUGUGUUCUUUCUGGCAAGUGUAUGAAGCCAGACCCCAUUUAAUUAUAUAAUAUUUUUCUCUUUUUUUUUUCUAAUGAAAUAUAAGAUUAUUUUUGGGUAUAUUAUUUGAUAACUUUGUUAAAAAGGUACGUAAAUGUUUGAAA